AUGCGGCGUGUUGUUGUAACGGGUCUUGGGGCGGUAACACCGCUAGGUGUAGGAGCUCGGCGUACCUGGAAACGCUUGCUGGAUGGUCAUUGCGGCAUUGUUAAUGUCAAAGAUCGUGAUGAGCGCUUCGCUGAGCAGCCCUGUCAGGUUGCGGCUGUUGUACCACAAGGUAGUCGUGAGGACGGGGGUUGGACAGCUUCAGAGUGGUUAAAUCGGGGUGAGGAGCGAAAAAUGGCCAAGUUUGCGCAGUAUGCCAUGGCUGCAACGGAGGAGGCACUUCAAGAUGCAAACUGGAAGCCUGAAAGUUUUGAGCAGAGAGAGGCAACGGGAGUCUGUCUCGGUUCCGGUAUUGGUAACUUUGAAGAAAUCUAUAACACUGUUGUUGCAUAUGAGAAAGGGGGAUACAAGAAGGUCAAUCCACUAUUUGUGCCAAAGCUGCUGAUCAACCUCGGCGCUGGGCAUAUCUCUAUGAAACACGGGUUUAUGGGUCCAAAUCAUGCCGCCACAACGGCUUGUACAACCGGCGCACAUUCGGUUGGCGAUGCAGCUAGAUUCGUCGCCUGCGGUGAUGCUGAUGUGAUGGUCGCCGGUGGUGCCGAGUCCUGCAUCCAUCCUUUAGCCAUCGGCGGGUUUUCCCGUGCACGAAGUCUAGCCACAGCAUUCAAUGACACCCCAGAGAUGGCAUCACGGCCAUUUGAUGCUGACCGCGGAGGCUUUGUUGUUGGCGAAGGCGCAGCUGUGUUAAUCCUCGAAGAGCUCGAACACGCACUCGCAAGAGGGGCUAAGAUAUAUGCAGAGCUCAAAGGAUACGGCUGCUCUAGCGAUGCCCAUCAUAUGACUUCUCCCAAGGAAAAUGGCGAAGGUGCAUACAUGGCCAUGAAAAAGGCGCUCAAGCAGGCCCAGUUGCGCCCUGCUGUCGUCGACUAUAUCAACGCACAUGCUACCUCAACCAUUCUCGGUGAUGCUGCUGAGAAUGCUGCCAUCAAAGCUCUUUUGCUUGGCUCGGAAGGCAAAAAAAAGCUGCUGAUGUCAACGUUAGGUGCACUCGGGCAUCUUCUUGGCGGUGCUGGUGCCAUAGAAGCUCUAAUCAGUGUCCUUGCAAUCCAUGAGAAUACUAUGCCGCCCACUAUCAACCUCGAUCGCUUGGCUGAUGGGUUUGAUUGUAACUACGCCGCAAAAGUCCCACAGUCACGCCAGAUUGAUGUGGCUUUGACAAACAGCUUUGGAUUCGGCGGCACGAAUAGAUCGGGAAGCCUGGUUGAUGCGUCCGGAUACACUUUCACAGACAAGGAUACCAAACCGGGCAAAAUCAAGGUGAAAAAGACAUCCAAGGCGUCGACCAAGAAGAAAACAGAUGAUGCUAAAGAUGGCCCCAUCGACGCCUCGCCCACCUCCUCUCCCCUCCCAGUAAUCGACAGCAAGGUCGUCACCGCGUUCCCGACCGGCAAGCCGCGCGAAGAAGACCUACUCGAAACCGUUAUCUGCAAACAUUGCAAGCGCCCUACUCUUAAAUCGACCGCAGCGGAGCAUGUCCGCGGCUGCUUGAAGGCCAAGCAAGAAAAAGCACGCAAGAAGAAGGAAGCUCGUGAUGCGGCCAACCGUGCGAAAGCCGGCGACGACAAAGAUGAUGACCCUCAUGACAAAGAAGGAGACACUUCCAUGAUGGGUCAGAAGAGCGCCAAGAAGAGCGCCGUCAAGGGCACCGAUGACAACAGGAAGGGCAAGAAGCGCAAGGCCGACGAGGACGAUGGCAAGGAGCCCAAGAAAAAGAAAAAGAAGGACGAAAUCAAGCCAAAGACGUCUAAACCAAAGGGUCCUGUUGAUGUUGAGAAGCAGUGCGGUGUCACGCUGCCCAACGGUGCUCAGUGCGCUCGUUCACUGACCUGCAAGAGCCAUUCCAUGGGCGCCAAGCGCUCAGUACCUGGCCGCACCCUGCCAUACGAUAUGCUACUCCAGCAGUACCAGAAGAAGAACCAGGCUCGUCAGCAAAAGGCUGCCAUCGAUGCCAAUGCUCCGUUACAGGACGAGAUUGAAAACACAGGCCCCGUUGACUCCGAUGAAGAGAGGGACUCGGUCAUGGCCGCUAUUGCCCGCUCAGCACCUCGACCACUAGUUCAACACCCGAUAAUCACCACCAAAUCAAAGUACCGACAUGUCCGCAUCAAAGAGCAAAUGUCGCAUGCGAUGGGGGUUCGGAGCGGCGGUGGACUGUUCUCCAACGAUGAGAACCAACCUCACUAUGGAGGUCUUCUUUUCUCGACACUUGCCCCUGAUAUGGAGACAUCUUCCGUGGACGCCAAUGGAGAACCCGACGAUAUGGACAUGGGCCAAAUGUCAGCUGUUUCGGGUGCCCGCAAGAAUCCAAUCCCAGCGGCCUGA